GUGAUGUAAACGCCUCUGGACGAGCCGAAAUGUGAGAAGGGGAUCCCAGACCAAAUCAUUAAUUUAACAUUUACUUUCAGAUGAUUAUGGAUUGAGCCUUUUUGGAUCUGUCGGUGCUGUUAAGUUUACGUGGCGGAUCAUCUGUAGCCCAAACAGUAGAAGAGUUUUGUCGUAAUGGUAUUUUAAAGAUAUUACUCUUAUAAGGAGGCAAUAAUUGGAGCUUAACUUGGCUAGCAGUGGGCUGGAAAUGUUAUUUGCAUUUAGCAAGCUGGGAUGGUUAGUAAAACUAUACCUGUAAAAUUGCCUGACUUUUAGUUUUCUGUGCGUUAGCUACCGUUGUGCUGCAUGUGUUGAUGGAUUUGGGCAGCUAGGCUAGGACAGCGUUAGCCGCACAGCUGCCACGAUGUUGGGAACAUCAGGGAUUCCAGUCAUGCAUUAUUUAGUGGUGGUGGGUAACUAACCCCAACCCUGUCCGAGCCGUCAGAGUGCUUCAUGUUUCCUCACAGUUCCUAGUGGGCUGUGUCUCUGUGAUUAAAUGUUCUAGUUUGACCAGUGGUGUUAAAUAAUGACACUUUGGCGCAGUCUGUCGUAACUAGCGUAGCACCCUAGCUAGUGUGGGACGUUUGCCUGGUGCUAUAGCGCUAACCCUAACACAACCUAGGUUAACGUUACCGUAAUGGUGACCCCUGACCCUCUAACUGACCUUAGGCAUGACGUUAACUUGUCCAACAACUGAAUGGUGACGUAGGACAGUGCUGGAUAUUGGCAUUAAGUUCUGAUACGACUUCCAGUUAGGAUGGGUCGGCAAAAGGGAAAAGCCAUUCCUCCUGCCGGUAACUGAGACGUAUCGAUUAUCUAUCAUCUGUGCGCACUACUACAAGCCGUUAAAAGGCCUUUGCCGUCUUUAGGGAUGUCCUGAGCUCUAUUUUGGAAAUAUCUGAAAAACAUCCCGGUUCGUUCUGUUAAAUUGUAUCGACAUGGCGAAUACCGGGUUCGGCUUGUAUGCCCGGAUCGCCGAGGUGGGUCCGGUGUUGCCGGUCCUGGCGCGGUCCAACUCGUCGCCCUCGGACAGCGAGAUGAAGGGCUGCGCGAAUGGCGACCUAAUGGACUCAUUCGGCAUUUUCCUGCAAGGCCUGCUGGCAGUGGUAGCCUUCAGCACCCUUAUGCUGAAACGCUUCAGAGAACCAAAACAUGAACGCCGUCCCUGGAGAAUCUGGUUUCUGGACACCUCCAAACAGGCCAUUGGGAUGCUGUUCAUUCACUUUGCCAACGUCUACCUGUCGGACCUUACAGAAGAGGAUCCGUGUUCACUAUACCUUAUCAACUUCCUGUUGGAUGCCAGUGUGGGUAUGUUGGUGAUCUAUGGUGGCGUGAGGGCUGUCAGUGCCGUGGUGGAGUGGCGGCAGUGGGACUCGCUGCGCUUCGGGGAGUACGGAGAGCCUGUACAGUGCAUGUCCUGGGCGGGUCAGUGUGCGCUCUACAUUCUCAUCAUGAUCUUUGAGAAGGUCGUCAUCGUCCUGGUUCUGCUGCUCCCCCAGUGGAAGAAGCUGGCUCUGCUGAACCCGAUCACAAACCCCCACCUGGAGCUCGCUGUCGUCAUGCUAAUCGUGCCGUUCUUCGUAAACGCCCUGAUGUUCUGGGUGGUGGAUAACUUCCUGAUGAAGAAGAGCCGAACCAAAGCCAAGCUGGAGGAGCGUGAGGCAGCCGACGGCUCACGUGGGAACAGCAGAGUGCGCUACAGACGUGCCCUCUCCCACGAUGAAUCUGAGUCAGAGAUCCUGUUCUCUGCGGAUGACGAAAUGGAUGACUCGGACGCUGACGAGGACUCGCGCCGCAUCACAGGCCUCAAGCCUGUAAAGAAAAAGAAGCAUCGUCUGGGCAUCCCUGUCUGAGGGCACCAGACGCAGGGGCUCGCUUGUCUACCUCACUCACUCGGCCCUGUUACCCCCUGCUGGUCACAGAGAGCAGCGUGGGGGCUCGGUGCACAAGACCAGCCACACCCCUCCAUGCUGGAGUCAGCACUUCGUCUUCGUCGUGGACAUGCUCUUCAUCAUCCUCAUCAAGAACUGUAUGAACUGUGAUGUAGGAUUAAACACAAAGCAAAAAACCCCACGAUGUCACCAUGGAGACGUCUCCGCCUCUUUUCUGUUUUCUCAUGACCUCUUUCCAAAUGUUUGUACUGGUACACUCGCACGUUGUGAGCUUUAAUACGAUUGAUGAGGGACAGAUUCUGGACCUCCUUUAGAAAGAAGCAGUGGACAUCAUAUAGAGGUGUGUGUGUGUGUGUUUGUGUGUCUGUGUGCUGGGGAACUGGACAUGUGUGUGGCUUAACCCUAUAGUCACAUACUGUAUAACUCGCAAACCUGUUGUAAUGGCAGCUGAGUCUGGAUGUUCUUUUAACAGGAACAGGGAGCAGCAGAAUGUCAGCAUAUCCCCCCCAACACACCCAGCACAUCCACCUACCCAACACACCCACCCAACCUUCCACUGUUUCUGUUCUCAUUACUACAUUGUCCUUUGUCACUGAUGUCAGAAUUGUCAUCAUAUGUACAAAUAAUACAACUGCUGAACAUGGACUUGGCGAUAGCAGUCGUUAGGGCAGAGGUUCAGAGGAUGAGCUCAGGAAAAACAGAGCUGUGUAAUAGGAACAGUUUCUCAGCUACCUGUACCCUCCCUGUUUGACUAAACAGUGUUUUGAAACACCAAGGCUGGGAAGAACAGGCAUUUAAACUUGAGUACUUCAGGCUCUUCUGUUUCGUGUCAUGAAAACUCCGUGGCUUGCUGUAUUCUGAACUGUCAGCUGUGUAAUAUUGUUUUUUUAUGCCUCA